ACUUUACUUUAAGAUUCUUACAUAAGAAGAAAAAGAGGAAUGGAACGUGCAGUGCACAGCUUCCACUACUUGCUACCCCAACGAUUCUCAAUCUUAUAACCACCAUUCUUAUUCUUCAUCUCCCAUUCAUCCAACACAAAACUCAACUGCACAUAUAAUAUUGUAUGUCGCAAAUCUCGAGAUCACCGGCGAUUACAUCCCGGAGAAAAAAACCACCGCAUCCAUCACCGUCGCCUCGUUGUAGUAGAACAAAGAAUAAGCCAAAAUUGGUCAAGAUCUUGAAACGCUGCUCAUCGGCGCCUCUUCUAAUUUCACGAGGAGAUCAUGGAGAUGAAGAUGAUGUUGAUCUCGUUGCUCAAUAUUCUUUCAGGAGCCAUGGAGCAACACUUUCCCGACCGCAAACAUUUUCAAAGGCCUUUCUUUCUUCCCCUUCUCUCUUUCCUUCUUCUCCAAAGGUUUACUCUAACGAGAUGAAGGGAUACGACAAGGAAGCUAAGGUUGUGGUUAAUGUCACAGUUGAAGGAAGUACAGGACCAGUGAGAACCAUGGUUAAACUAGGAUCCACUGUGGAGGAUACAAUAAGACAUGUGGUGGAUAAAUAUAGAGAAGAAGGAAGAAGCCUCAAGAUUGAUUCUAAUGAGCCAUCUUCAUUUCAAUUGCAUCUUUCCUAUUUCAGCCUCCAAGGUUUGGACAAGUCAGAAAUAAUCGGAGAUGUAAAUAGUAGAAAUUUUUAUAUGCGGAAGGGUAAUGGUGAAUCUACAAGCAAUCAUGAUUUAGAAAAACAUAGCUCUGCAAAUCCUUCAAUGUUACUUCCAUCUUUUGUUGCUUUGAAAAUUAACCAAAUUAUAAGAAGAGCUCAUAGGUUUUGGAAGAUUAUGGUGUGCUCGCCAUGACAAGAACAACACUGCUUUGCAGUACCCGUGACAUGGAAAAGCAACAAAAUUUUUAUCUGUUGCCUUUCAAUUAAUUUCCAUUUCAUACUCUACAUGUAUAUAUAACAAUAAAAUAAUGUCAUUUUGAAAAAAAUUCAUAUCAAUAU